AUGAGCUCGUCUAGAGAUGAACGAGCCAAGGCGGCCAAGCUGUUUCUCAACAAAAAGGUGCCUUCCAUAUUAAAGUCGAAUGCAAGAGCGAGAAAGGGCAUUGAAAGCGUUCAAUUGAUAAUAGAUCCACCUCGAAUAAUUCCAAGGGAGGCCAUUGCACCAGCAGCAGCAACUACAAACUCAGAGUCUACCAAGCAAACAGACGAUAAUGACUCAGCUCCAAUAUCUCAGAAAUCUCUCAAUUACAUACGAAUCUGGCCCGUCGAUACGCUAGAAGCUGCUUCAAGACUGUCUAAAUCUGGUCCAUCCCGAAUUGCCGUCCUCAACAUGGCUUCUCCCCUUCGUCCCGGCGGCGGUGUCCUAACCGGGGCCACAUCACAAGAAGAAUGGCUAUGCGCGAGAACUACUCUAUAUCCAUCUCUCCACGAAGAUUUCUACCGUCUCCCUGAAAUAGGCGCCAUCUACACACCCGAUGUCCUCGUCUGCAAGACGUGGGACGCAGAACCAUCUGAUCUCAAACCAGCAGAUCAGUUCUUCAUCGAUGUCAUCACAGCAGCCAUGCUACGUCUGCCAGAGGUUGAGACGAAUCAGCAAGGAGAGCUUACGUAUUCAGAACAAAAAGACAGAGAUAUGGUUUUGGCCAAUAUGCGUUGUGUAAUGCGUAUCUUGCGAUCUCGUCACAUCGAACGCGUCGUCCUAGGGGCUUGGGGCUGUGGCGCAUAUGGAAACCCAGUCGACGAGAUUGCUCGGUCGUGGAGGAGGGUGUUGCUGGGGCCGCGGGCCAAGAGAUCGGAGCGAGUGGAAGUUUAUGAUGAUAUGGAGGUAGUUUUUGCUAUCAAGGAUCACAACAUGGCUCGUAGGUUUACAACUGCCUUUGGGACUGGGGCCAUGUGGGAGGAGAUCGGGGAUGAUGGCGUCGAUUAG